ACCGUACGAGGGGAUCUUUUUAAAUGGACCUGGGGAUGUAGUUUACAAGAAGAAAUUACUUAAAAUUCCAUGAAGAGAAGAAAAAAAAGAGGCGUAACAGAUUGGGCGGCAGAUUAGUUUCUUUGUUCAGCAGCAACAACUUUGAAAGUGUUUUUUUUUCUUAAGCAUUUAAUGGUGAUAUACUAGGUGCCACUGAGCCAGGUGAGGUGGUGACACCAUGUGUAACCAGAACUCGCCCCAAGUUGAGCAAGCCCCCAACAACCACCUUCAUCGGCCGGAUAGUGCCAUUCGUGCAGCGGCCAAUUGCUCCUCCUCUCGCAAACCAAAAGCUAGCUAGUGGCCACAUGCUGAUCAUAUAUAUGUGUGUGUAGCCUUCUGUGCCUCCAUUGGACUGCUCAGAGCCAUACAUGCUACACUGAUAAAUUAGAUAGGGAGAGGGAAAGAGGCAUGGAGAGGGAGAUUGGUGCAGCAGAGUAUGAGGUGACUGAGAUAGAUGACACACUGCUUGGCUCCGUGGGGAGCAGGCUCUCCCUGUUUGCAAGAGAGUUCAAGUCGAGAAGCAGCAGCAGUGCCUUGAGGCUCCCAAACAACUGCUAUGGCACCAGCUUUGUCAUAGAUCCUGAUGGAAGCUGCAGAUGGUACAGGAUAUGGGCGAACAUGAUGUUCCUGUGGUCCAUCUACUCUGUCUUCUUCACGCCCUUGGCCUUCUGCUUCUUCCGGGGACUCCCAGAGCAGCUGCUGGACCUGGAAUGCGUGCAGCUCGUCUUCCUCGCAGACGUCGCCAUCCACUUCUUCCUCGCUUACCGGGAUCCUCACACCCACAGGAUUGUCCACAACAAGCGGAGGAUCGCGCUACGCUACAUCAAAGGCAACUUUGCUCUUGAUAUGCUCGGCUGUUUCCCUUGGGAUGCCAUCUACAAGUUUACAGGGAGAAUAGAGCUGGUGAGGUACCUGGUGUGGCUCCGGCUGUACAGGGCGAGGAAGAUCCAGGACUUCUUCAAGAAGAUGGAGAAGGACAUCCGCAUCAGCUAUCUCUUCACACGGAUCGCCAAGCUGAUCACCGUCGAACUCUACUGCACGCACACCGCCGCCUGCGUCUUCUACUACCUCGCCACCACACUGCCGCCGGCGCGCGAGGGGAGCACCUGGAUCGGCAGCCUCGCCAUGGGAGACCACAGCUAUAUAAACUUCAGAGAGAUCGACCUUCUCACCCGCUACAUCACCUCCCUCUACCUCGCCAUCGUCACCAUGGCGACAGUUGGUUAUGGCGAUAUCCAUGCGGUGAACACAAGGGAGAUGGUGUUCAUCGUGGUGUACGUCUCGUUCAGCAUGCUGCUGGGUGCAUACCUGAUCGGCAACAUGACGGCGCUCAUCGUCAAGGGCUGCAGGACCGAGCGGUUCCGGGACAAGAUGACGGAGCUCAUCAGGUACAUGAACCGGAACAGGCUAGGCAGCGACAUCAGGUCCCAGGUGAAGGCGCACCUGUUGCUGCAGUACGAGAGCAGCUACACCAGAGACAGGAUCGUCGACGACAUACCGGUCGCCGUUCGGUCCAAUACACUGUACCUGGACAUGGUCUCAAAAGUGCACCUGUUCAAGGGAUGCUCAGAGGACUUCUUGAGCCAGAUUGUGGUGAAAUUACAUGAAGAAUUCUUCCUCCCUGGAGAAGUUAUCUUGGAGCAAGGCACUGUGGUGGAUCAAAUUUACAUUGUGGCACAUGGAUGUCUGGAAGAGGUCAGCACUGGAGAAGGCGUAUCAGAAGAGAUCAUGUCAGAACUGCUGCCUAACGACAUAGUCGGCGAUGUUGCUAUAAUCUGCAACACUCCACAGCCAUACACAGUUAGAGUCUGUGAACUCUGCAGCCUCUUGAGAAUUGACAAGCAGUCCCUGACUAGCAUCCUGCAGAUUUACUUCAAGGAUAGCCGUCAGAUACUGAGCAACCUACUCAAGGGUAAAAGUACAGAGUCAAAGGGGAAGCAAUUGGAAUCAAAUAUCACAUACCUGAUAGCGAAGCAAGAAGCAGAGCUUGUCCUUGGAGUCAACAAUGCUGCCUACCAUGGAGAUUUGUUUCGGUUGAAAGGCUUGAUCAGCGCAGGAGCAGAUCCGAGUAAACCGGAUCACGACGGGAGGACCGCAUUACAUGUUGCUGCAUUGAGAGGAUACGAAGACAUCGUCAGGUUCCUGAUCCAACGAGGAGCAAACGUCAACAGCAUAGAUAAGUUUGGGAACUCGCCGCUGCUGCAAGCGGUGAAAGCAGGGCACGACAGGAUCAUCUCGCUGCUGGUGGCGCAGGGCGCGGCCCUGAACCUGGAGGACGCAGGAGGGCACCUGUGCAGGGUGGUGGCCGACGGCAAGACCGACCUGCUGAGGAGGCUGCUGAAGUUCGGGAUCGACCCCAACUGCAGGAACUACGACCGGAGGACGCCGCUCCACGUGGCCGCCGGGGAAGGCCUACCGCUCGUGGCCGUCAUGCUGGUGGAGUUCGGGGCCGACGUCCUGGCCACCGACAGGUGGGGCAACACGCCGCUCGACGAAGCCCGGAGGUGCAGCAGCAAGCCGCUGGUGAGGAUCCUGGAGCAGGCUAGAGCAGCUGCCGUCGGCGCAGUCCACCCGUGAUUCCUAGUUUCAGAAUGGGGUUUCAGAAUUCAUCUGUAAUUCAAUUCAUGUAGAAUUGUAGGGUACUAGGAAGAAUUGACGAUGCAAUAUUAUUUCUGUUAUAACAAUGUCUCAACAAUCACGAGCCA